AUGUUUAUACGCCAUGCUGUUCCAAAGUCUCAUUUUCUUAUUAGGCAAUAUACUUUGAAAUCAAUACGUCUAAAUUUGAUUAAACAGCCAUUACUAUAUAGAGUUUAUCCUCACAGUCCUUGUAGUCAUGGUUCUGUAAAGGCUUUAAAAUCAAUAGUCACUUUGGUUGGUAUUGUAGGCUCAACUUAUUGGUAUGUGCAGAGAAACAACUUUGCAUUUGCUGAUUCUAUGAAUAUGAUAAAUUCAAAAUCUUACACAACUGAGGAACCUGAAAGUAAACGUCUUAUUCCAACAUAUAUAACCCUAUAUGAUGGAACAAAUGCGAAGCUAGUAGGGUUAGGUAUAAGAACUGUAUCAUUCUUGAAAGUGAAAGUUUAUGUUAUUGCAAUGUAUAUUCGCGAAAGUGAUAUAGAAAUCUUGAAGAAAUGGAAGGGUUAUGACAAAGCAAAGUUUUUAUCAUCUAACAAUGAGUCGGUGGCGUCAAAUUUAUUGGACCAACCUGUAGAUAUCGCUAUUCGCAUAGAACCUGUACGAAAUACUAAUGGUCAGCAUUUACGUGAUGGAUUCGUACGUGCUCUUACGAAUAGAAUGCAGAAUGGUCACCUAGAUGACGAUGAUGAUGUUGAAGGCGUACUUGAAGCCCUUAAAGAAUUUAAAGCUCAAUUUCCUAAAUCAUUGGUUAAAAUUGGUACCGCUAUGAUUUUAACAAAACAGAAAGAUGUUCACUCUGGUGUUGUAAAAAAUAAAUGGUUAGCAAAAAAUCUUUUCAUGGGUUAUUUUGCUGCAAGUGAUCCCAUCUCUGAAAAAGCAAAAAUUAGUAUUGCUGAAGGAUUUGAUAAUAUAUUAAGUAUGAACAAUACAGUUUAG